UCAGAUGCAGUGCCUGUGCCUGUGUGUGCGAGAUGAGCUGGAGUCUUGAGGCUAGAUUGUUCCAAGUGGUUUUAAUCAGUGACCCGUUUGGGGAGAAUGGAAAAUGUCUGACAGGAAUAAGAACGGAGUAAGUAAACAUCACUUUGAACAGGAAAGCUGGAAAAACCAACCGGGAGAAAACUAGGUUUUCUGCUUGUUAAAAUCCUGACAAACUCAUUCAGAGAAGGCAGUGUGUUUUUGCUGACAGGAAAAAGGCAUUUUAAGAAAUCCGGGAUGAAAGUAACAGUUAAAGAAAUAGGGAUUGGAAGUGCAAGAGGACAAAAACAAGAAGAAUAACAAAGCAACUGCUAGAAAAGCCUUGAUGUUCUUAAGUUGUACAAGGCACAGAAUGCAUUUUUAUUGUUUUUUUUAAAUACUAUUGAACUGCUAAAGCUUUUUUACUGUCCUGAGCAGAGCUUUUGUAUUUUUCUUCAGCUCAGCAUUGGUAGCUGCAUCAGUGUUCCUUCUUGUAGUUACUCUCUCCCAGCGUCACUACAGAUCUGUUACCACUCCUAUUGGGACUGUUUGUUAUUCUCCUCUGAAGACCUAAGUCUCUUUGCUACACUGUGCCAUGGGAAAACACAGGCCCAAAAAUGAUGGAGAGAACUUGAUGUAUCUAUGGGAAAAUGUAAAUGCAUCCAUGGAUGUCAUGCUGAUAGAAAGGAACCCCAGAGAUCAUUACAGUGAUGGGCAAAAUUAAAACUGUGAGGUGACCAUGGCUUGCAGGCAAAUUCUGCCUUGCCGGAGGUACUGUCGACUCCGUCCAUUCCUUCUGGUGCUGGUGCUAGCCGCCUAUCUUUUCUACCAGACCCUGACUCCAUUAAGGGCAAGAAGAUACCUCCCAGCAGUUGACAAUGGUGUUCUAUCAACAACACAGGAGGUACAGCAGAGCGUGUACAAGGAGGUUCCUACAAGGCAAUUCUAUUGUGUCUUUCCUUCUCGCAACCUACAACUACAGAAAGAGAUUAAGGAUGCAAUUUCUAAGUAUAUCAGAAGCCAGGCAAACUCUGUGAUACUUUACAUCCCAUCUUCCAGCAAUAAAGAAGACCUUCAGUUAUAUCAACACAUCCUUACACAGCACAGCUUUGCAGUUACAGUCCUUGAAGACAGGAAACUGAAUGGACAGAAAAAGCUCCACCCAGAUGAAUUAAACUCCUGGGAACUUAUGAUUUGCUUGUCCUCCAGCAAAGCUGAAUAUGAAAACUGCUUAGCUACAUUGGACUCACAUCAGACAAUGUUAUUGCAGAAGGCAAAUGUUCUCCCUCAAAUAGGACAUCUCCUUUGCAGAAAAGAAGGACUAUGCCAGAUACUGAGAACAUUUCCAGAGUUGCAUCUUCCAGUUGCUCUUUCUGCCUGCCCUGAUCUGUUUUUGGCUUCAGAUUCAAUCAUUGCACCUGGAUAUCUUCAAGCUGUGAAAUCACAUAACAACCAUGGAAGGUCACGUCUUGUCCAGGGGUCAGAUUUGCCAACUGAGAAUAUGCAGCAGCAUUCAACAUAUGCUUCAGCUGAACGUAAGGAGUCUUUUAAAAUUCAAGACCUGUCUGUCAUCAUCAAAGCUUAUGUACUGGUCACAUCUUUAACACCUUUGCGAGCAUUCCUUCAUUCAACAGGGAUUGUCUUGUAUCCAUCCAAAAAGAAACACUUUUCAGUCAAGCUGCAAACCUUUUUUGAGAACUUUUUGAAAGCCAACUCCCCACAGCAAGCCUUUGAUGACAUGAAAGAAGCAAUAAUCAAACUCCUACUUAUAGCUGAAGUUUUCAGUGAUGAAUUUGCAUCUAGACCAAAGGCCUUCACUCAAUGCAGCUUAUGCUUUCAGAUGCUAACCUUUGACAUUGGGUUCAACCUCUCUAUGUAUCCUGUCAUUCUAGAGAUACAUGAACAUUUUGACUUUCAAGCUGAUGAUGGAACAGGUUAUGAGGACCAAAUUGUUAAAGAAACCCUUCUCAAAGAUACUUUCAGAAUUCUCUUAUCAAAUAAAUCCUCCUACUCUACUUUCUUUGAGGCUUUAUGGAGUGUAUAUCGAUCAGCAGAAAUCAAGGAUGAGCAUUACCUGAAGGAAUCUGAUCAGUGUCUGACUUUGGAAGAACUAAUUUCAUUGAGCAGUUUUGUAAAAGAGCUUCAAAAUCAAGGACAAUUUGAAUUGCUUUUCCCAUCUGCUGAUCCCAAGAUCCAUUUUUUGCUGCAUGACCUUUAUCGCCUGGUGAAGCCAAAGAAAAAGCUUGGCUCAGUUCUGACUAUACAUUGGCUUCUUUCAAAUUUACUUGAACAGCUGCAAAUCAUUAAGAAAAGAAAACACACACGCUUUGCAGGAUGGAAUUCUUAUUCAGGAAAGGGUAGCAUUAAAGGAGUUUCUUCCACACUUACAGCAAAAAGUAAAGAUUUGCAUUUUUUAAAUCAGGCUGAGGAUGCACACUGCAGUCAUGAUAAAGAUGCACUAACUCACAUCAGGCAGAUCUUCACCAAUCCCCGUUUAGAUCUAAAUCCAAAAUUUGAUCCAAAUAUCAAAGAGUACUACACUGAAGUGCCAUUUGAUGUGGUAACAGUAAAGAUUAGAGCAGAACCAGUGAAUUGUCAUGGUGAAGUUCAUUUGGAUGAGAAGAAAGGACCCAGUACUGCAAAUUACCCACUUGGCCUAGGAAUAAACAGAGUCAAUAUUCUGGUAACAAGUACAUAUCAUUCACUUCAUGAGGUUGUGAGCAUCUAUAAAAUCGUCAUCUAUCGAGAAGAUCGUCCAAGUAUGCCACUGUUUGAAGACUUCACAAUGUGUGGUUUUGCCCAGGAAUGUGGCUUGCUGAUUCAUCCUGAGGAAUCCUGUGGGUUGCAGCCUUUGUCUGCUGAAUACUUGUCAACCAUAUCACAGCCACAGCUGAAAACCUGUGAAACGGGGGACACACAAGGACAAUGGAUUGUCCCUUGUCUUAGUUGUUCUGACAACAGAACCUGUGACUGGAGACAAAUAGCAUGGCAGCCUCACAAUUGUCAGUAUCCUGUCAUUAACAAGCCGGAACUUCAGCAGUGUCUGGAAAACAAAAAGGUUCUUUUCAUUGGUGAUUCAACUAACAGAGGGAUGAUGUAUUACCUGAUAGAAAGAGUGAACAAGACCCUUCAAGAGUGGCAAAAGACUCAUGAUAUGAAGUUUUAUUAUAAUAUAAAUAAUAGAAACACAUUUAUCAGUUAUUCAUAUUAUCCCCAAUUUUGGAUCAGUGGAACCCAAAGACCAACUUUUGAAGAAGCGCUAGAACAGCUGCUACGCAGAUCACAGCCACUCACGAAUACAAGACAGACUGUAUUAGUUGUUGGUGGUGUCCACUGGCUUAAUUUUAAUCAUUUGGCUAUUAUUCAAAAGGUGCUAAAGCGAGCGAAUCUCUCAAAUAUCCUAGUAGUGAUAAAAUCUCUGGGAAUGGGCUUUCAUCUCCCAGUGGAUGGAGUGCAUUCUUUGUCGCUGGCACAAGUACAAAAACUGUGGAACGAGAACCAGGCUAUUUUGAAGAUGGCAAAACAAUAUGGCUAUGAAGUGGUUGACACUUUCAUUAUUACUAUGGGACGGUACAAGGAAUUUUUGCAAGGGAAGUGUGGAUGCCAUUUUCAUGAGGUGGUGAAAUCCAAAACAUCUGAAGGAAGCUCCCCUAUGACAAUGACAUUAUCAAAGCCCUAUACACUGGGAAAAUAUUUCAGCAACCAAAGCAGUUUGAUGCAGCUGCAAGCCUACUCAUCAAAUUCUCAAUCCCCUUAUCAUGUGAGAGGUCCAGUAAACCAAGUUUAUUCUGAAAUCCUUCUCAACAGGAUCUGUGCAAAUCAUAGGAAAGUUGUUGGAAUAUAGCUUCAUUUGGCAGAAACAUAGACUUACAGACUGCAAACUUUCCUGUAUGGCAAUCCAAAGGCCAUACCAGAUUUAUUACAUACUUCUCUUAGUGGGUAAACAUACCAGCAUAACUAAAGACAUGUGGCAGUUUCCACAAAGCCUUAUAAAAUCAAGAUGUGUCCCAUGCAUCUGUGGUUUCAGAAUGGGAGACAGAGAAUUUAAAAAAGAGGAAGGAGAAAGAGUUGCUUGAAAUAUUUCCAAAAUUAAAAUCAUUGUAACUUAAGCAUAUGUAUAUGAUUGGAAAAAUAAAAAAACUACUAUGCAUGUGUGUAUGUAUAAAUUUUGCAGAAACUACUCAAGUAUGGCUACAGUAUAUAAUAUGACAUCAUCUGUAAAUAAAAACUUCAUUCCACUUUCUGAUAUAGCAAAAUAAGAAUAUGCACUUGAAAGAAGGUAUUAGGAUGUCAGCCAUAAUACCAGAUUUGUACUUUUGACCUUUGCAUGAUGGAAGACAAUCACACAAGUGUCGUUCCAUUGUUACACUGCUGCUUCCUCUGCCUUUGGCAUUUCUCCUCAGCACUUCAGUUUGUGCAUUUGCUGGGCAUACAUGCUUCUUCUUCUUAGGAUAGGGUCAGGGCUAUUUUUUUUUAAAUUUACUUAAUGUGUGCUGUUACCCAAGCCACAAAUUUUAUUGGGCCCAACAAAAACUUUAAAAUAAGAGAGGGAAUGUGGGCACAUUUUGAAUUGCACAUGAACUAAAAGCUGAGAAGGAGAUCAGCUUGCUUGAAGCAAGUUCAUAGCUGUGAUCCAAACCACGCAGUUCUAGGUUCUCACUAUUAGAUGCUACAUUCAGCACUCCAUUUUGUUUCUGACUGCAGCUUCUUCUGAAGCAUCAGAAGUCAGUCCCAAAGGUCAGAAGCAGCAUGCUAGAUAUCCUAGAAGCCCAGAUGGCCACCUGCAGAGCUCACUGGACAACUUUUUGGGAUUUCAACAUCUGCUCAGAUUGGGUUUAGAUUUUUAAUGGAUAUUUGUAAAUUUCUCACUAGUAGCCUGUAAAAUAUGUGACAUCAAUAGUCAUGCACAGAAAGAGGGUAAUAUUUUCAUUUUCCUGGGAUGAUUUCAAAAUUUGUCUUGCCCAAUCUGUCGACUUCCUGUAACAAAGUGUGCCCUUGUAUCCCUUCUGGGUAGGUGUUUUCCAAUGAUUUUUCAACAAUGGUUUACAUUGGUCUCAUGUAUGUGUACUAAAAGUGACGGAUUCUGUGGUAUCAAAGGUAUGAUGUUUUAUUGAAGUCUUAAAGUCACUAUUUUUUAUAAUGCUUCAGUAUUUCUACAUUCUAAUUGUACUAGUUUGUUUAAGGUUUUCCUAUUGAAUAUUGUUUAGUUUUCUGUAUGCUGGAUGUCCUUGUGAUAAAAUUAGAAAUGGAGAAGGGCUGACUUUGUUAAUACCUUUGUACAAAGAGCUUGAGUAUUAAUUUAAAAAACAGGUCAAAUUCUGGUCAUGUGCUAGUUCACUCUGGCAAAUGUGCAAUUAAGUGUGUGCAUAUUCACUAUGAAAUGAGUUUUCUAUGCUAUUAUUCAUUGUGUUUUUUAAUAUUUCUCAGAUGUUGCUAUUCUGAAAACAAUUUUUCCAUGUUAUAUUUUAUAGUUACAUUUUAUAUAAAGUUAUCAUUGUAACAUCCAAACCAAUGAAUGUUUAAUUUAACAGGUAACAUGGACCAACAGUUUCCAAGAUCAGAUCCUCAGAUAGGUAACAGCAAGGCAAACCUAUAGAAUAAAGAAGUAGAUUAUCGUAGCACAUGAUGCAAAAUAUUAUUUAGUAACAUUCUUUCUUUUGUAUGCUGAUAUAUGAAUACACUAAAUACAUAGCUCAGAUGAACUGACCACUUAACUGUGUCUCUUGGAUUUCAGUUUUUUUAGAUUGGAAAAAGUUAAUGUCUUUUUCAAUGGCACCAAUCCACAUUUAUGAUGUCUACAUUUUAUUAUUAUCUUUGCCCACAUGAAUGCUAAAAGUAAUAAAUCGGUGAUAGUUCCCAUUAAUUCAGUAAAACAUAUUUUCAAGGAAGCAUGCUCAAGAUGUUCUAGAGGAACUUUCUUUACAACAUCAUUUUGAGUAAUUAUUCAUAAAGUAACAUUUGAGUAUUCAAUUUGUCCAUAUCGAUCCAAAGACAGUGAGAAUGUGUAUAAUCCAGUGUUAAGUUAGUUGUGACCAAAAAUGUGGUUCACACGUAUGAACCACUCAGAUCCUUCUUCACAUGAUCAUCAUAUUUUACUCAUAUUAGGUUAACUGCACUAUGUGCUCCUAAGUCCAAUUUAAGAUGUCUGCCUACCGGCUACCUGAAACAGACUUCUGUUGCGAUCAAACUUGGGUUGUGAGAAGAUUUUUUUUUACUAUAGUUUGGCAGCUUACCACUCUGUACCACAGGGCUCCUGGUAGAAAAUAAUGGGGUAUUUACAAUCCUUUUUGUAAAUAACUGUAAUACCUUUACAGUACAAAUUUAGUUUAUUCUAAAAGGUGGUUGUAUUUUUAACACGUUGGCUGCAUUUGACAUGUUUGCAUUAUUUUCAUAUCAAAACUUGGUUAUCUUAAUCAUGUUUUGAGUUUUGUGAGCUGUUUUGAUUGUUUGGAAGAGCAACAUACAAGUAUUUUAAAUAUGCAAAAUAAUAAAUUGAGUGAAUAAUGGGGUUCCCCCCUCUCACACGCA